GCUGAUCUGACCUGGCAACAAAAUAACGUAGCGAGAGAGGUCUGCUUGGGAGGGGACUCAAGAACAAAAACAAUGACACUGCUCGAACCGAUUAAACAAACAAGGUACACUUUUAAGGACUUUUAAAGCUCUGUUGCAGAGAUUCUCUGCCCGGUUUUUAGUGUCAGCGGCAAUCUGAGUUUGUUUUUUUUUACAUCGACUGACUGCAGCUUUGUUGAUGUUUUGACUGCAUGCUGCUACUCAUUUGGGUGCUAAUGAGCUGUUUGGUCAGAAAAAUAUUAUUUAGGAAAAGCUGAAAGAGUUCGCAGGCAACCGCUAGCUUUAAACUAAGCAUUCUUUGUUUGAAUGCCAAAUAUUAUCAGUCGUGUUAGCCGUCGAGCUAUUACGAUUAAGGGCCAGUUUGCUAGCUAGCUUGUUGUUAGCAUUAUUUGCACAUUCAUCGUUCGUCGUCUCGGUUGCCAGUGAUUUAACACACAUUCUAUAUUUCUUAAUAUUUUUCGUCAGUGUAAUGUGUGUGUAUUGUAUUAAUUUCUAACUUUUCGGUACACGCAAACUGACAGUUGACUAUGCUAUUGGUGUACAUGUAUGUUGACACACUGAUAGCAAAUCGUUACUGAAUGUUACUAUUCAUGUGGUUUUAUAUGCUUGAAAUGUACGCCAAUUAAAUGAUUUGAUUUCAUGUUUACACAUCAACCAGCAAUCCUGUCACAAUGCACAUAAUUUAAGUUGUCCAGCUAUUCAGGCAGUAUUAUUAAAUAUUUUGCAUUGGAAGCUCUGUUGAAAAUUGCUGGCACUACAGAGAAAGCGUUUCCAUUCAGUUCUAUAUUUAAGUGACAGAAACGAUGAGUGGGUAUGGCUCAUCUUCAGAAAAGGGAGUCAAUACAAGUCUGACAUGUCAAGAAUGUUAUACCUGUGGUGGCUCUGAAGAAGCUGUCUUUGAAUGUGAAGAGUGUAAGACAUUGCAGUGUGCUUGCUGUGACCUGGAACUUCACAGUCAGGAGCGACUCGAGAACCACCAGCGGCUCAGGAUAAACCCAGGUCACGUCCCUUACUGUGACAACUGCAAAGGGCGUGACAAUGGCAAGUGUAACAGGUCCGUGGUACGCUGCCAGAACUGCAAAGUCAACUUGUGCCAAGAGUGUCAAAAACGCACACACAGUGGAGGAAAUAAGAAGAAACACCAGCUCACGCCAUAUCUUCCGUCACCAAAACAAGCCGAGGUCAAAUCUGUACAAGCUCCUGUUCAACCUGCCGCCCGAAAAGUUGAUGAGACUGAGUCACGCAGGACAAAACUGUUGGGGAAUGUGUCCAGUUUCCUUCUGGUUGAUGAAAACGAGGAAAUGCAGAUAAAAGAUGAAACUGUAUUUGUGAAGAAGCUAACAUGUUCGCCCAGCCAGCUCCUGAAGGUGGUGUCCAUCUUUGGUAACACCGGAGAGGGAAAAUCUCACACCCUCAACCACACCUUCUUCAUGGGCAGGGAGGUGUUCAAGACGUCCCCCACACAAGAGUCCUGCACGGUUGGUGUAUGGGCUGCUUUCGACCCUUUCCAUAAUGUGGUGGUCAUCGAUACCGAGGGGCUCCUGGGAAACAGUUCCAAACAGGGUCACAGGACCCGUCUCUUGCUAAAGGUGCUCGCCAUUUCAGACCUCAUCAUAUACCGCACUCAUGCGGACCGCCUCCAUGAUGACCUUUUCAAAUUUCUUGGGGACGCCUCUGAGGCCUACUUGAAGCAUUUCACCAAGGAACUGAAGGCUACCACGGCCCGUUGUGGUCUGGACGUUCCUCUCUCCACUUUGGGCCCUGCUGUGGUUAUCUUCCAUGAAACUGUCCAUACUAAACUACUUGGUACAGAUAAGUCACACGAAUCACUAGACCGGCUGCUGUCGGAGCGUUUCAAAAAGGUUUCCCGUUUCCCAGAGGCUUUCAGUUCUGUACAGUACUGGGGCACACAGACAUUAAUCCCGCCCACUGACUUCUGCGGCCUGCGGAAUAAACUGGAACAGCUCCUGGACAACAACGCCACACGUUCUCCUCGCACCCCUGUGGUUAUCUUUAAAGCCCUGCUGGCGUUAAGUGAACGCUUCAGUGGGGAAAUUGGAGAUGAGCUGUUGGCUCACAGUUGUUUUUUUCCCGAUGAGUACUUCACUUGCUCCAGCUUGUGCCUCAGUUGUGGAUCUGGUUGCAAGAACAGUAUGAACCACCUCGGAGAAGGAGUCUGCCAUGAGGCAAAACAUCGUUGCCGCUAUUCUGCUCAGUAUGAUAAUCGUAUUUACACCUGCAAGGCUUGUUAUGAAGGGGGAAAGGAAGUGAUUGUCAUUCCAAAGACUUCAGCCUCCUCAGACUCUCCUUGGAUGGGCCUCGCCAAAUACGCAUGGUCUGGAUAUGUUAUCGAAUGUCCCAAAUGUGGAGUGAUCUAUCGGAGCCGUCAGUAUUGGUAUGGAAACCAAGAACCUGUGGAUACAGUGGUCCGCACCGAGAUCCAGCAUGUUUGGCCAGGGUCUGAGGGCUUUUUAAAGGACAAUAGCAAUGCAGCACAGCGUCUUUUGGAUGGAGUGAACUUGGUGGCCCAGUCCGUGUCAGAGCUCAGUGUCAAACCUGCCAAGGCAGUCACCUCCUGGCUGACAGAUCAGAUCGCCCCAGCUUAUUGGAAACCCAACUCUCUUAUCUUGAUGUGCCAUAAGUGUCGAGUGAGCUUCCAGGAGAACGACACCAAGCAUCACUGCCGUGCCUGUGGGGAGGGCUUCUGUGAUGGCUGCUCUUCCAAUGCCGCACCUGUUCCCGAACGAGGCUGGGGUCUUGCCCCUGUCAGAGUGUGCGAUGUGUGCUUUGAGCAAAGAGCUUCACACACAGAGCGCGAGAAGGAGGAGGAGGAGGAGGAAGGUGGAACUCUUGCCAGAAAGGUUGGAGAGGCGGUGACUAAUACCAUCGGGGUUGUAGUGACCGCAAUUGACAUCCCUCUGGGCCUGGUGAAAGAUGCUGCCCGUCCUGCCUACUGGGUCCCCGACCAGGACAUUCUCUCUUGCCACAAUUGCCAGAGCGAAUUCACUGCCAAGCUGUCCAAGCACCAUUGCCGUGCCUGUGGCCAAGGAGUGUGCGACGACUGCUCCCCGGAGCGUCGACCGGUGCCGUCCCGCGGCUGGGACCACUCCGUUCGUGUGUGCACCAGCUGCAACCAAAAAACAGGAGAACUUUAACAGAGACGACCUUCCUUACUCAGAUUACCUCCAGACAGAACCCUCCAUCGUACCUCUUAGCGGGUCUGUCUCGUAUCUGUGGAAAGGAAGUAGUUAGCUAUACUGUAGAUACAUAGAGGACACUUUAGCAAAUUUGGAAGUUGAGAGUUCCUGCGGCCUUUGUAGAACAGCCAGAAUAUGUGAGUUUACAUGACUGAGACUGUAAUCUUACUAAUCUGCAUUUCCACUCUUUAUUAGUCAAUGUGGAUAUCUUGUUGACACAAAUCCUAAGUUGUAUGUUGAAUAAGGCUGAUGAGCUAUUUUUUCUACAAUGAGAAAAUAUUUUAAAAAAAAUGUAUCAUUUAAAGAAUGCUAGCUAGUCAAGAGCAUUAUUAGAUUUCCGCCAUUUUUCAGUAUAUUAUUUCUCUAAUGUAUGUGUAAGAGCCAGGAGAAGUUUAACGAAGUCCAGGUUACAUUGCAUGCUGUGUUGCAACAUUUGAGUUUUUGCACUAAGCUUUUUUCAGCUGUUAUAGGCUGUUGCUUAUCAUGGCCAAAAAACAGAUGUCCAUAUUUAUCAUUGGCAUAAGGUUUUGGAUUUUUUGGGGUGCCAAAUCAUUCAGGUCACUGUGUGUGUGCUGGUAUGAUAUUUAUAUUUAAUCAUGUAAUUUGUGCUUGUAUGCAGAUACAGUAUAGAACUGUUUGCAGCUUGAAAACUGAGUGUAUGUUUGACAAUUGAUGAUAAGAGAAAAAACACUGGUAUGCAUGGCAGUGUGAAAGAUCACUUUGGCCUUUUUUGUUUAGUGGCUAAAUUAAUUUACCAUCUCUUUCAUCAGGCAGGGUACAUGUUUUAUUAUGACUGUUCAUUGGUAUUCAUGCUUGAUUUUUGUCUCUAAUCCAGUCUUAUUUAUUCAAUUCACUUACUCUGACAAGGUCCCAUGCAGUCAUAAUGUUGCUUAUGUUUCUUAUUUUUGGGGGGUGACAUUAUUUACUGUAAACCAUUUCAAUACUUCUAAGUGACUGCACAAUGUCAUGUCCUUGUUUCAAAUGUAUGUACCCACAAUAGCUAUAACAGAAUAGCAUUUCAUGCUAAGUUUGAAGGAAACAUUUGUCAAGCAUACAAUUUAUGAUACAAAAUUGUUUUUGUUGGUUUAGUUCUAUGGUCUGGAGAAAGUGAAACGUGUGUGUGACUCUCAAAAUAGAUUUGCCAAAAUGUUGCAUAACACCUAGCCUCAUCUGAUAAUGUUCCACGGGAUUGAGUAGGAAAUGUCACAUUACUGGAGUGCAUUCCUAUUAAAAAAUCGGUGCAAUCUGUUGCUUCAUAUAUCUUUUGUGGCGUUUGAUAAUCAGUUUCUACUGCUUUUUUACAGUAGCAUCUACAACUAUCCAUAUAUUCCACUUGUUUUAGGAAAUACUUUGCAUUCAAUCCAUUGUGUGAUUUCAAAAAGUAUAUUUCGUGUGGCAAAAGCUAAGUUGGAAUGGCCUCUGUUUUUCUGUUGUGUUUUGGGCGUUGCGUGUCAAGCCACUGCAGACUAAUGUGGGAGGGAAAGAUAGUGUUUAUGCCUUUUAGCCCUGCUGCCCUUUUUUCUCAUCAGAUAAAGUGAGGAAACCCAUUUCCUUAGAGCUUAUUGAUGAUGACAAUAAAUAAUUAA